UGUCUGCUCAAUCCCACGUGUUAACGAUAGAUCAUCAAUGUUGUUGUUUACAGAGCUAAGAAGUCAAACUAACUCAAACACAGGUUUAACCAUAGCAACUACCGAAUAGGACUCAGUGGCAAAGGAUUGGAGAUCAUCUCUCCUUACCCCAUAGCUCAACUGACAAGGAUCGAUUUGAAAUCCAUGAAAGAAUACUGGUAUUAUUUAUUGGGUGCCGAAGGGAUUAUAAUUAUGACCCCAUAGCUAAGCCCUCGCUUAAGAGGUGAAGCCUGAGUGGACAGAUUGUGAUAAGUGGCUGUUCCUUCCUCCUCCCCCAACAUGGAUCUCCUACCCCGAAGUCACACAGAAUUUGUGUCAGAGGAGUACUGGGACAAGUUCUACAAGAAAAGAGGAGCUAAAGCUUUUGAGUGGUAUGGAGAGUACCCGGAGCUGUGUGGAGUUUUAGGGAAGUAUGUGCGACCCAAAGACAAGGUCCUGAUGGUCGGGUGUGGCAACUCCAGACUCAGCGAGGACAUGUACGAUGUGGGCUACACCAACAUUGUCAACAUCGACAUCAGUGACAUCGUCAUCCGACAAAUGACGGACAAGAACAGUAAGCAGCGUCCGAACAUGGCCUUCCACAGGAUGGAUGUCACAGAGAUGACAUUUUUGGAUGGCGAGAUUUCGGUCGCGUUGGACAAGGGCACCCUGGAUGCCCUAAUGGCCGACAGCAGUGAUGGGGUUGUGGCUACUGUUGACAAGAUGUUCGCGGAGCUGAGUCGUGUGUUGAGACUUGGGGGACGUUACAUCUGUAUUUCCUUGCUCCAGGAACAUAUCGCAAACAAACUCUUCUCAUACUUCGCAGAGUUGGGCUGGCCAGUACGUAUCCAUCGCGUUGAGAAGGAAGCCUCGCCAGAUGACCCCGACUUCUCACUGCCUGCCUUCGUCAUCGUCCUCACCAAGUUCAAGAAGAUGCCAAAUAUGUCUCCAAUUUUAGAGGUGUGCAACGCCGAUGACAAGAUGGACCGCUACGAGGAUGUGCCGGGGAUGAAGACGGUCGUCAAGGAGAUGCAGUAUUAUGCAGUUGUCAAGCAUCAGAUAUCAAAGAAGAAUGUGGGUGACGACCAGCCUUCCCUGUGUCUGUACAGCAGCGAGUCAAGUGAGCCACGGUACACGCUGUACGUGGUGGACAGGCCACACAAGACAUCUCGACAGUUUGCUGUUUUCAUUGUACCCCAGGGAAGGGAAACUGACUGGCUGUUUUGCCAGCCUGCGGGAAGAAAGCAGUUGGCUGAAAGUGCUGCGUCAGACAGAUUGGUUGUCGUCACGCUACACCGGACACACAGUUACACAGAUAUUGAGUCUGUCAAGGAGGAACUGUCAGGCAAAGUGAUGGAACUGACGCCACCAAACUUCAAGCGAGGAACUCAGGUUCCAUUCCUGUCUCUGGGGGAGGACAUUGGACACAGACACUCGUACGCCCAGGGGACCAGUGAAAUGAAUGGAAAGUAUGUGGUAGAGGACCUGGAGACAGAGGAUGGGCAGUUUUACCGACGUCUCAUCUUCCUCGACACAGCCAACAUUGUGCAGUCGGAGGCCAAGCUGGUGGCAAAGUCCAAGAAGGGGAAAAUGAAGGGCUACGAGCCAUCGAAGUUGACCCUGGACAAGAGUUUUCUGGGAUGUCAGCAUCAUAUGGCCAUGGUGGGGAGUCUGGCAUUCCUGCCUCAACCUACAGACAGAGAGAUGUCCUUGCUGCUGAUUGGCCUUGGGGGAGGAGGCUUGUCUGCAUUCAUCCACCAUCACUUCCACAAGAUGAGACAGGAUGUGGUGGACUUUGACCCUGAUGUGUUGGAAGUGGCUGAGAAGCAUUUCUUCCUGAAGCAAGAUGACCGUCUUAAAGUCCACAUUGCUGAUGGUCUGGAGUUCAUACACAAGGCAGCAGAAGCAGGACGCCAGUACGAUGUAGUGAUGUUUGAUGUAGACAGCAAGGACCGGUCAGUUGGCAUCAGCUGUCCGCCGGUGAUGUUCCUCGAGGAGGACUUCCUGCAGGAGACGGCAUCCAUCAUCCGUGACAACGGAGUGUUUGCUCUGAAUCUCGUUGCAAGGGAUGACAUCUUAAAGAAGAACAUCUUGGAUCGUAUCAAGAAGCUGUUUGACCGAGUGCUAUCUGUACAUAUUGAAGACGAAGUGAAUGAGAUUGUCUUCUGUCUGCGGGGACAAGAUGAUGGAAACCAGUUGGUGGCAGACGCCAAGUCAAUGGCGGCCACCCUCAACAAGGUCAUCAAGGCCACGUCUGCUGCAACUGAAGUUGAUAUUACCGAGGCUCUAGGGACAUUAUCUUUGGUCGAUGACAGCAAACUGUGACACCAGAUGGAGGGUAGGUUUCUGUGACAAUAUUUAUUCCAUGUGGAACAUUGGAGGCCUAAUGUCAAGAGUGCGGCAGUGUGAUGCGGAGUUAUGUCCCUUGCAUGUGUUCCAACACUACGUUUAGUCUGAUUAUCUGUGGGACAAAACACAACAGAACUUAGUAUUGAUCUUCUCAGAGCAUGGAUUAAAUCUUCCAAGGAUAUGAUACAGAUCUUCACAGAACAUGAUUGUAGCUCUUCACAUGACUUGAUACAAGUCUUCUAAGGACAUGGUGUUGAUAUUCACAGGAUGUGGAAUAGAUCGUAAUAGGACAUGAUAUCACUCUUUACAGAGCAGGAAGAGGCUUUCACAGAAGACUGAGAGAUCUUCAAUGGACACGGAAGAGAUCUUCACAGGGGUAGAUCUGAACAAUAAAUGGUACAGAAUUUCAUUCUAAAUGCUGUAGAUAUCCAUAGUGGUAUCAGUUGGACCACAACUUGAAGGUUAACCCCAGAAUCAAUGUGUAUGUAAAUGUGAAGGUUAACCCCAGAAUCAAUGUGUAUGUAAAUGUGAAGGUUAACCCC